AUGGGGCCCGGAUGUCGAGCGCUGAGGCUGUUCGGGCCGCUGCUGGGGCGCCGGCCGCUGUGCGCGGGAGCUGGGCCCGCGCUAGGGGCCGGGUCCCGGCGUCCGCUGCCGGCAGCGGGGCGUCUUCCCUCGGCCCCGGCGCCCGGCCCGGCCUGCCUGGCCGCGAGCCCUGUGCGCGGCCUGCGCGUGGGCCCCAGGCUGCAAAAGGGGACGGAGGCGGGUGCCGCCGACGAGGGACGGCCGGAGUCGGGCUCGGCAGAUCAUACUGGUCCCAAGUUUGACGUGGAUAUGCUGGUUUCCCUUCUGAGACAAGAAAAUGCAAGAGACAUUUGUGUGAUCCAGGUCCCCCCAGAGAUGAAGUACACAGACUACUUUGUGAUUGCUAGUGGAACGUCCACGCGACACUUACAUGCCAUGGCCUGCUACCUUGUGAAGAUGUACAAGUAUCUGAAAUGCCGGAGUGAGCCUCAUGUUAAGAUUGAGGGGAAGGACACAGAUGACUGGCUCUGUAUGGAUUUUGGCAGCAUGGUGAUUCAUUUGAUGCUUCCAGAAACCAGAGAAACCUACGAAUUAGAGAAAUUAUGGACUCUACGUUCUUACGAUGAUCAGUUAGCUCAGAUAGCACCCGAAACAUUACCUGAAGACUUCAUUCUUGGAAUAGAAGACGACCCUUCAUCUCUUAUUCCAGUGGAGUUCAAAUGUGAAUAAAACUCAUGAACUGCUUUAGUCCUUUCA